AUGGCCACGGGGGCCGGUUUCGAGAUAGCUCAGGCCAGCCUCCCUGAGCGGCUGAGCUGGAGUGUGCAAAGUGCAGCUCCCGAGCUGGUGAUCCUGACCACGAGCAGCCCAUACUCAGGCAAUGCUACCUAUGCCCAGCGUAUUCGGACGUACUGCGAGAGCUUGUCUGUCCGCACGGCCAUUUGGCAUCAUGACGACUUUUCCGAUGAGAAUGCAUUAGUCAGCGCCCUGCGAGGCACACCCUGCCGUGGUCUCAUUGGCAUUCAUGCCUACCGCAGCGGUCGACUUUUUUUGGAACGUGACUUUGCAUUCCCCUUCGUGAUUGUGCUGGGUGGAACAGAUGCCAAUCUCUUUGAUCAGCCUGCGGAGCGGGACAUCAUCCAGCGGGUCCUUGCCUCGGCUCGGGCUGUGGUGGCCAUGAGCGCCCCCCUCAAGGCGCGCAUGCUUGAGCGCUAUCCAACAACCUUGCCGCCCGCCAUCACAGUCAUUCCGCCUGCCCCGGCAUUUGCGAGGGUACAUGCGGUCCAGCCCUUGGCGCGUUUGGUAAUUAUCGGGCCAACCCUGGACCGCACGUAUCGCGAGGAGGUUGAGGCCAAGCUUCCAACAGGGGCCCUGCUUGCGUCACCUGUGGCUCCGGCUGAUUUGCAUGCGAUGAUGGUGGCGAGUUGUGGCGUCCUCAACUCAAGUCUCAGCGAGGGCGUUUGUGGUACUCUGCUCGAAGCCAUGCGCCUUGGAUGCGUCUGCCUCGCACGCCGCAACGGUAGCAACGAGUACCUUGUUGAACAUCAGGUGACCGGACUGGUGUAUGAGGCACCCAGUGAGGCUGAGAGUUGGAUGCAGUAUUUGCUUGGCAGCGAUGGCAUUAUAGUCGAGCAGCGGAGGCAGAAGGAUAUCAGCGGAUAG